AUAUUAAAGAAUCGAUGUUUGUAGUUCGGCCUCACAUUCCACAAUUUCUUUAUCUAUACUAAAAUAUUCUCACAUUAAACCAAUCGAUUCCCAUUUAUAUCUCUUGUGAUCACCAUCUUCAACCUGCAGCUAAAAUGGUGUUCAAGAAUCAGCAUUACUUGUUUUUCUACAUUCUUUGUUCGUUCUUGAAGUUAAAUAAAGCUAUCCCAUCGUUUUUCGUGGCCCAAAUUUCACCUUCCUCCAAUGUAUCGGGUGGUCACUGGCAGCUCUUGCAGUCAAGCGUAGGCGUCUCCGCCAUGCACAUGCAGCUCUUACCGAACAACAAAGUUCUCAUCUUUGACCGUAUGGAUGCCGGCCCUUCCAACAUUUCGUUACCCGCCGGAAGCUUCUGUCCUAAAAACGACUGUUCCGCCCACUCUGUCCUUUACGAUGUUGUUUCCAACAAUUUCCGUCCCCUCCGUGUAUUAACCGACACCUGGUGCUCGUCCGGUUCCCUCGACCGCAACGGUACACUUAUCCAAACUGGCGGAUUCAAUGACGGCGAAAAAGUUAUUCGCUUGUACAAACCAUGCGACGUCGACAGCACCGCCUGCGACUGGAACGAACUCAACGAUACUCGCCUUAUCGACCGUCGAUGGUACGCUACGAAUCAAGUUUUACCCGACGGACGCGUCAUUAUUGUUGGCGGUAGAAGGGCUUUUACCUACGAGUUUUACCCUAAACACGACUUCUUGAACAACAACAAGAGUUUUUACUUCCGUUUCUUGGUGGAAACCAGGGACCCUGAAGAGAACAACCUUUACCCUUUCCUUCAUUUGUUACCAGAUGGGAAUCUAUUCAUUUUCGCCAACAAAAAAUCAAUUCUGUUUGAUUAUAGAGAAGGCAUUGUUCUAAAACAGUUCCCUCUUAUUCCCGGAGAUGAUAAGCGAAACUAUCCCAGCAGCGGCUCUUCAGUUUUGCUUCCAUUGAGGCUGUCUUCAGCGGGGCAUCCGGUUGUUGAGGUGCUGGUGUGCGGCGGAGCACCGGCAGGGGCAUUCUUGAAAUCGGAUAAGAGGAAAGUUUUUGUAGAGGCGUCGAGGACAUGUGGCAGGCUGAGAGUGAACGACCCAAAUCCGCAAUGGCUUAUAGAAUCCAUGCCCAUGCCACGUGUCAUGUCUGACAUGGUAAUGUUGCCCACUGGUGAUGUGAUCAUUAUCAACGGCGCUUCUAAUGGAACCGCUGGUUGGGAGGAUGCUGUGAACCCGGUUCUCAACCCGAUUCUUUACUCGGUUAACGGAGAACCAUCUCGAAGAUUUACGGUUUUUCUUCCGUCAACAAUUCCGAGAAUGUAUCACUCGUCGGCAAUUCUUCUGCCAGAUGGCAGGAUAUUAGUGGGUGGGAGCAAUCCGCAUAUUACGUACGUCUUCACAGGACCAUACCCCACCGAGUUGAGUUUGGAGGCUUAUAAUCCCUACUACAUGGACACUAAAUUCAACUCGUUGAAGCCCUCCAUUGUAUCUGUUGAGUCGGGGAAUACGGUGUCGUAUGGCCGUCGAUUAGGAGUGUCCUUUUCUGUGUCGCUUUAUAAGCGCGGCUCGGCGUUCGUGGCGCUGGUAUCGCCGUCGUUCACGACGCACUCGCUCGGGAUGAACCAACGCAUGGUGGUUUUGAACACGGCGAGCGAGGAUAGAUUGGCGAUCGGUAAUUACAAGCUGGUAUUGGAUGGGCCCACCAAUGCUAACGUGGCACCUCCUGGUUAUUAUAUGCUGUUCGUGGUCCACUCGGGCAUCCCUAGUCAUGCAGUUUGGGUGAAGGUGAUGUGAUUUUGAUUUAUUUAUCGAAUCUGAUCGAUCAUCGUGUACACAAUUUGCUCAAAUAUUUUUUGUCUGUUGGUUCCUUAUUUUAGCAAAAUUUAAAGAAAAUAAUACAUUAAUAGCAUAGUUUAGGUUGAUAGGCUUCAAGCAGUAAGUUUAGAAGCUGAAAUUUGAUGGGUUUUCGCUUUCAUUCUUGAAGAUUUAUAUUAUACAACAAUUAUACUUU